AUGCUCCAACAUCUCCCCGAUAACGUGCUCGUCCACUUGCUGGGCUUCUUGCACUGUUCCAAUUGUCCGUACUUGAAGGUCCGUGAACAGUACGUGAACUUUGUGGUCGCUUGUCGCGUGGCGCUGCGCAUGUCGGAGUAUGGGUGCGCAGGGCAUGUUUGUUUCCACAGCGCUAGAGAGGUGAUUCGCAUGCGAUGUCUCUGCAAGUACUGGAAAGGCGAACUUGAGGGACACAUCAGGGACAUUAAAAACCAUCUGCUAGCAAUCCACGAGACAUUCAUCGAUGAAUGCCAGGGGGCGGUGACGCUCAGACAGAUGGAUGAGUUCACGCGCGAGGAAGAUUUAAACGAGGAGACAUCCGUCGAGGAUUGCAAGUACGCGGUGCAGCGCAGCAGCGAGGAUUCGUUCAAGCGCUGUGCAAACGCCUUUCGUGCCUUACGUGAUCGAGGCAACCGGAGGUUCUUGAGCCUCUACCAAGAACGACUCUUCUUCGUGGCCUUGGCGUCGCAUGAGGAAGUGCAAGACAAUUUUAGGUUCCAGCAUGUGCUGGAGAGCGAGAGCCAGGAGCUCGAUGGAAGAGUGAUUGAUGUGUAG